AUGAGUCUGUUCCACGUGCUAGGGUUUUGUCUGAAGAUUGGGCAGCUCUUCUGGAUGCUAUGCUGCUGGUUCCUUUCCUGGUUCCUUGAUGCCGACAAGUCUCCUCUUGAUCCGGACAAGACUAAGAUGAAGAAUCAUAAUAAGAUGUGCUUCCUCUGGAACAAGAUCUCCACAAGCGGACUCAAGAUCCCGCCGAGUUUCUCUCAUCAUCUCUUUGGCUCCGUUAGAUUCGGCAAGACUUUUUGGAGGAAGGUGCUGGUUGCUUGGGUCGUCUCCUGGGUUUUGAUUUCUUUCUGGACUUUCUGGUGCCUUACCUCUCAAGCUAUGGACAAGAGGAAAGAGACGCUUGCUAGUAUGUGCGACGAGAGAGCUCGUAUGCUCCAGGAUCAGUUCAACGUUAGCAUGAAUCAUGUUCAAGCUAUGUCUAUCUUGAUCUCCACCUUCCACCAUUCCAAGUUUCCUUCUGCCAUCGAUCAGAGGACGUUCUCGGAGUACACUGAUAGAACUUCCUUUGAGAGGCCUCUCACGAGUGGUGUUGCAUAUGCGGUGAGAGUGCUCCACUCAGAGAGGCAAGAGUUUGAGAGGCAGCAAGGUUGGACUAUCAGGAGGAUGGAACAGAACCCUGUUCACAAGGAUGACUAUGACACUGAAGCUUUGGAACCAUCUCCUGUUCAACAGGAGUAUGCUCCUGUCAUCUUUGCUCAGGACACGGUUUCCCACGUUAUUUCUCUCGAUAUGCUGUCCGGGAAAGAAGAUCGUGAAAACGUGUUGCGGGCCAGGAGAUCAGGUAAAGGGGUUUUGACAGCUCCUUUCCCACUGAUAAAGACGAAUAGACUUGGGGUGAUCUUGACGUUUGCUGUAUACAAGAGAGAUCUUCCUUCCAAUGCAACCCCAAAUGAGAGAAUUGAGGCUACUAACGGGUAUCUUGGUGGAGUGUUUGACAUUGAAACCUUGGUGGAAAACUUGCUUCAGCAGCUGGCUAGCAAGCAAACGAUUCUUGUCAAUGUAUACGAUACCACCAACCACUCUCAGCCCAUUAGCAUGUAUGGUUCUCAUGUGUCGGCUGAUGGGUUGGAACAUGUUAGUCCACUCAACUUCGGCGAUCCAUUUAGAAAGCAUGAAAUGCGUUGCAGGUUUAAGCAGAAACCACCAUGGCCAGUGCAAUCGAUGGUGACAUCUUUUGGUAUCCUUGUGAUUGCGUUGCUUGUUGCACAUAUAUUCCAUGCAACCUUAAGUCGAAUACGCAGAGCAGAAGAAGAUUGUCAUAAAAUGGAGCUGCUCAAGAAAAAGGCUGAAGCAGCAGAUGUCGCCAAGUCACAGUUCCUUGCCACUGUAUCACAUGAAAUCAGAACUCCAAUGAAUGGUGUUCUUGGAAUGCUCCAUAUGCUUAUGGACACAGAGUUAGAUGUUACACAACAGGAUUACGUUAGGACCGCACAGGCAAGUGGGAAAGCUUUAGUGUCGCUAAUAAACGAGGUACUGGAUCAAGCAAAGAUCGAAUCUGGAAAGGUUGAGCUUGAGGAGGUGCGGUUUGAUUUGAGAGGAAUAUUAGAUGAUGUCCUGUCACUCUUCUCUGGCAAGUCCCAAGAAAAAGGGCUAGAGUUGGCAGUAUACAUAUCUGACCGUGUUCCAGAAAUGUUAAUUGGGGAUCCUGGAAGGUUUCGACAAAUACUCACAAAUCUUAUGGGUAAUUCCAUUAAGUUCACUGAGAAAGGUCACAUCUUUGUAACUGUUCAUCUGGUGGAGGAGCUACUAGACUCUAGUGAUGUAGAGACAUCAUCAUCAUCAUCUACAGAAAACACACUGAGCGGGCUUCCAGUUGCAGACCGGAAGAGAAGCUGGCAAAACUUCAAAGCUUUCAGUUCCAAUGGACAUAGGAGCUUAGCACUAGCACCAUCUGAAAUCAACCUAGUCGUCUCAGUUGAGGAUACUGGCGUAGGGAUCCCUGUAGAAGCGCAGUCACGCAUUUUCACACCGUUCAUGCAAGUUGGACCAUCUAUAUCCAGGACGCAUGGAGGCACAGGGAUCGGGCUCAGCAUAAGCAAGUGUCUAGUAGGACUGAUGAAGGGAGAAAUUGGAUUCUCGAGUACUCCCAAGGUUGGGUCCACGUUCACGUUUACUGUCGUGUUUGCUAAUGGCGUGCAUUCAACUGAAAGAAAGAGUGAACUGCAUAACAAUAAUCAGCCCGAGUUUGAGGGAAUGAACGCUGUACUUGUGGACCAUAGGCCCGCUCGGGCACAAGUCUCGUGGUACCAUUUUCAGCGUCUAGGAAUCCGAGUUGAGGUAGUUACAUCUGUUGAUCAGGCUCUACGUUUCAUGAAGACUUACGCUACCACUGUGAAUAUGAUACUCAUAGAGCAAGAAGUGUGGAAUAAAGAAGCUGAUGUGUUCGUUAAGGACCCUCUUGUCCAUUCUCCUAAACUGUUUUUGUUAGCAAAUUCAAUAGACACCUCAGUAUCAGAUACUUUAAGCAACGUUAUAGACCCUCCAGUGUUGAUAGUGAAGCCGUUAAGGGCGAGUAUGCUGGCAGCAACUUUGCAGAGAGGGUUAGGUAUUGGGAAGAGGGAAACUCCUCAACGCAAGGGACCUCCUGCUUUGAUUCUCAGGAAUCUUCUCCUUGGCAGAAAAAUACUAAUUGUGGAUGAUAACAACGUGAACCUCAGGGUGGCAGCAGGAGCUUUGAAAAAGUAUGGAGCUGAUGUGGUCUGUGCUGAGAGCGGGGUAAAGGCAGUCUCAUUGCUUAAGCCACCACACGAGUUCGAUGCUUGCUUCAUGGACAUUCAGAUGCCAGAAAUGGAUGGGUUUGAGGCUACGAGGAGAAUACGGGGUAUGGAAGAGGAGAUGAACAAUGGGGAGGCGUUGACAGUAGAGGAAGGUAAGAGAUCAAGAUGGCAUCUUCCGGUGUUAGCAAUGACGGCUGAUGUGAUUCAAGCAACACAAGAGGAAUGUCUAAAGUGUGGAAUGGAUGGGUAUGUAUCAAAACCCUUUGAAGCAGAGCAGUUGUACAGAGAAGUUUCUCGUUUUUUCAAUUCGCCUUCAGAUACAGAAUCAUAA